AUGAAUGGCAAUGGACGCGUGUCCCCUCGACCACUGCCCCAGAAGAUGGGCUUCAGCGAGUCCGAGGGCGACGGCACAGCAUCAUUCGGAGCUUCAACUGCAUUGCGCAGAAAAAACACUGGUUGCUACGGAAGAUGUCGCCGUUGCUGCUUGAGAUUCGUGGACGCGGAGCAUCACGAGUUGCUUGACGAAGAUGCAUCCUGCAUGGAUGCCCUUAGAAACUUUUUCAGCGGACGAGCUCUAGACAGGCGGUCGGCGCGCAAAAAGAAAUUAAAGCGAUCAAUCAAUCUGCAAGGCCGCAUCCGCCAGGCAGCAGGGGAGGCAGAUCCCAGUGACCUCGGCAUGUUGGAAGGGGCUGUUUCUGGCUUGGCCGUCGAGGACAAAAUGGAUUCUUGGCCCAUCUUCAUCGUGUUCCAAUGCCUGGCGGCAGUCACAUUCUGGGUAGUUUUCGCAUCGCAGAACGAUGGCGGGUUUGAGAAGGCGCUAGCGGGCUUGGAGUCCUUGGCUAUGGGUUGGACCACGAUGCUGACCCACAGGGAUUGCACAGACCUGCGCUGGGAAAUGUGGAGAUGGCUUUCCUACCAGUACACCCAUUCCGGAGUCUGGCACAUUGGCUUCAACACGUUGCUGGUUCUUGCUAUUGGAAUCCGGCUAGAGAUGUACCAUGGGCACAUCAGAACUUUCCUGGUCUUCAAUCUCGGCGUUGUGUGCGCGGCACUCAACUUUGCCGUGACAGAUGCUCACGCAGAGUUGGUCGGGAUGUCGGGUGGGGCCUACGCUCUGAUGGGGAUGACGUUUGGAUCGCUCAUGCUGAAUUGGGCCGACACUCGCUACCGACGACCAGAAUUAGCAAUUCUUCUCUUCCUCUUCGCUUGUGAUGUGGGAAUGGCCUCUCAUCCUGCAUGCCAGCAGAUGAUAGCGAGGAACACCUUCGAGUGA